AGACCCGCUCGUUUUGAGAAAAAUGGGUGAGAGGCUUGCCGGGAAUCAAAUACCGGUGUCUGUCCGGAUUCCUGUUUCCAGCAUUCGCCCAACCCCGAGACCCAUCGGAACUUCAUCUUCUGUAAAUUUCACUCGAGCUCCAAUGGUUAAUCCUGUUUAUCUACUCCCGAAAUCGGGUCUUUCCAAUGCACCCAGCGUAAUGCAAGUGCGUAGUUGUGCCGGUGGACAAACGGCCGCGGUCAGCAAUGGCGUAGUCACCGGUUCCGCAGUUUUUUCCCACUACGAGUACUUUCUCGAGCCGCAUCAGUAUUCUCCAAGUACCAGCUCCGGUCAUCCUGUUGGCUCCAGCACACCAAAUGCUGCCAAAUUAGUUGGUUUCUUGAACCAAUUAUUGGAACUUUCCAAAAAUGUUGCGGCCGAUGUCCACGCUGCCGUGGUACGACUCAUUCAGGCUCUUGUGAAUGCAGAACUAGACGCCAACUCAUUCUGUACACAACUACGGGCCAACUUGAAGAGUGCAAAUACAUCUACAGACAUCGGACCAUUCAUUAAGGACAAUAUCGACGCUCUACGCGCAGAUCUUGCCAGCGGCGCCUGUCGUUUGUCCAACAUAAACCCACCAACUGGGCCCCUGAUCAAGGAUGUUCUCAGUAGCCCAUUUUCCUCCGUUCCCGCCGCUUGCGCUACCUUAUCCAUGUCUGGUCCCGGUCCAGUCACUGUUCAAGUUAGAGCACCGGUCACGGCUUGCUUCCCGGCCGGCCCCAACUCCUCGACUUUGAGUGGCUCCCGAUUAUCCGUCCCGAGUGCUGCGGGAUCUCAGCCACGCCUUGUGGGCACUCUGUUGAACUCCAUCUCCUCCCCAGUCCCUUCCGCAGUGAUUACAACUUCUCCGAAUCGUUCGUAUCACAGCCAACCACCCCUUCUCGCUCCAGCGCCUCCUCGCACGUCUUUCACCGCGACUGGAAUGCCCGCGACCCCGUUACCGGCGCCAAGCGCUGGAUCAGUCCCAAAAUACCGACUUGCCCAAACGCUAAGCAAUGUUAUGACUCCUUCCAAUGCUGCUACGACCUCGGUCGCCACAACUCGACUCACUCAGACACCGACUACCGUGAAGUCGUCUUAUUCAAAUCUUCGGCCCAUCUUGGCCCCUGCUCCUUCCGCUUCUGGUAGCGCUACCGUGAACUUGGCAGCAGUAAGACCUACUCCCACCAUAGCACCUUUGGUGCGGACCAAGCUGGGUGCACCACUGAGCUCCCCAUCUACUCUGCCUUUGACGAGCGCUCGCCUCGGCUCCCAGCUUUCAGCUUCCACACUUCUUUCAGAUCGCACUUUGGUCACAGAUCGAACGCAGGAACUUUCUGGCAGCGAAGACAGUCGGAUCUGUCUGUUAUCCCCAUCGAAAGACCAACCUUUUUUUCCUCCCAGUCAAAUUCGAUCUGUCCUCAGUGCUCAGUUGCCUAACCUCACACUGAGCGAGGAGGCGAUCACUUGCUUGUCCCAUGGUCUGCAAUCCCUUAUGAAUUCCAUCCUGACGCGAUUGAGCAUAGUCGUGUCUCAUCGCUUGGAACGUCUUGGUGACGAUCCUCGAUUAACACAGCUUGAUAACACGCGUGAACAGCUGAAGUUCCUUCAACGGUUAGACGAACACGAUCAGAUGCGCCAGUUCGAAUUGGAGAAAGAUCUGAUUCUAAAAGCUGCCAAGUCGCGAUCACGUAACGAAGAUCCGGAUCAGGUUCGCGUGCGGGAGAUGGCCCGUCGGAUUGCUACUGAAGACUACGAGCGUGAGAAACAAAAUCAGGCCAAUUUGACCGCUCUGCACGCGAUUGGGCCUCAACGAAAACGUCGCCUCGACACAGUGGACGAAUCUGCCCCCGGACUUCCGAGCGACUCGUCUCUCUCCAGCAGUACUCUAGUCAGUCUGGUGGACGGUAUACCCAGCGGUUCUGCCCAUCCUCGAUUAUCUCUAGUGAGCACCAACCGUAUCGCCUCCCUGCCUGCCGCAUCUAGUUUCCCUCUGAGUCGCUCGAGUACAGAAUUGUCACAAACAAGCUCACUUUCUGUGGUCUCCACACACACUUUAUCCAAUGCGUUGACCGCGCCGGACACCUCGAGCCGUUUCUCCCUCGCCCACUCGUCAAGAGUGCACAGAGCCACAUUGAAAGAUGUACAGUUGGUGUUGUCCCGAACACCUCGACUACGACGUUCUCUUACUUUUUACCGAACUCAUUGGCGUUCAUCAUAGUCCCUAUCACAUACACAAGAUUCUGUACUCUCUCGCUUUCGGUCCCAACCAUUCCUGUUUACAUGUCAGAUGCGGCGCGCCUGUGUAAACAUGUUUGUACAUAUAUGUGCAUUGACACAGACCACGGAAUUUUUUUAUUCGGUCCGCAAUUGUGUGCCUUUCUGGUUUUUGUGAAUCCACUGAUGAUCUGUGUGCAUGGCUUCAUACCCAAGAUGUACCCCACUCCAUUCCCAGACACCUAAGCGUUCCCCCAAACGCUGUCGGCUCACCUUGCUAUCUCCACCUCUUCCUCGUAUAGGUGAGAUGGCUCCUAAAGCACACUACUGAUCUGGUUGGCUCAACACAGCAUCGUGGUUGUACCUAUCUGCUCUCUUAUUUUUCCUACUUUGACUGAUUUGCCCACGCUCCUUCUCUCUGUGAGAGAGAUUUGUUGCGCAUGGCCCGUGUUAUUUAGCUACUGUGAAACAACAUUCAGUUUGCUUACUCGACUGUGUGUAACUUUUUUCCAGGUACAUUAUCAAUCAGACAGCUUUUGAUUUUUUUUCCAAGACCUUACAUGUACGUUAUAUAAACCUUGCUCGAAAUUCCACGGAUUCGUCCCCUUCACUCUUGCUAAUGUUAGUGGUUUGUUUGUCUGGUGUUCUACCGGAAGACAUUCAACUCAG